GACGAUCUCGGUCACUUUCAGUUCGGUGGAGCCGGCGGGCCUCUCCGGCGCCUGGUCCCAGCUCCGGAAGGAACCGAGCGCCGGCGCCGCCGAGACGAGUCCCCGCCAGAUCGCGCAGCCACAAGAUCCCCACAAGAUCUUUCCAGCCUUCCAAGGCUGCCAUUUCCCCGUCAAUCGACAAGCUUCCAAGGCGCCCAUCAAGAAGAACCCCAAGGUGGCCAACGUCAGCGUCCAGCUGGAGAUGAAGGCGCUCUGGGCUCCAUCCUCAGCUUCCAAGGCGCCCAUCAAGAAGAACCCCAAGGUGGCCAACGUCAGCGUCCAGCUGGAGAUGAAGGCGCUCUGGGACGAGUUCAACCAGCUGGGCACCGAGAUGAUCGUCACCAAGGCCGGCAGGCGCAUGUUCCCCACUUUCCAGGUGAAGAUCUUCGGGAUGGACCCCAUGGCCGACUAUAUGCUCUUAAUGGACUUCGUACCAGUGGAUGACAAACGAUACCGAUACGCAUUUCACAGUUCCUCCUGGCUAGUAGCUGGCAAGGCCGACCCAGCAACUCCCGGGAGAGUCCAUUACCACCCGGAUUCCCCCGCCCGGGGAGCUCAGUGGAUGAAACAGAUUGUCUCCUUUGACAAACUUAAGCUGACGAACAAUCUAUUGGAUGACAACGGACACAUCAUUUUGAACUCCAUGCACAGAUACCAGCCUCGUUUCCACGUGGUCUACGUCGACCCUAGGAAAGACAGCGAGAAGUAUGCCGAGGAGAACUUUAAGACCUUUGUCUUUGAGGAGACCCGCUUCACUGCAGUGACGGCCUACCAGAACCACAGAAUUACCCAACUCAAGAUUGCCAGCAACCCUUUUGCUAAAGGAUUCCGGGACUGUGAUCCAGAAGACUGGCCCAGAAACCACAGACCUGGGGCCCUGCCUCUCAUGAGCGCUUUCGCCAGGUCCAGAAAUCCAGUAUCUUCCCCCGUGCAUCAGAAUGGCAGUGAGAAAGAUGCAGCUGAGAGUCGGCGGGAGUAUGAGCGGGAAGCAGCCAGUGGGACGCCUCUGCACGCCGAUCCUGCUCACCAGCAGCUCAUGUCUCGGGUGCUGAGCCCGGCGCUCCCUGUGCCCGGUGGAGGCGGCCUGGUUCCACUCACCAGUACAACAGGAAGCCGUCCCAGCCCUCCACACCACGAACUGCGGCUGGAGCCCUCUGCUUCGGAGACCCUUCAUCAUCACCCCUACAAACAUCCGGUCUCGGCCUACGACCAUUACCUGGGAGCAAAGAGCAGACCGGCACCCUACCCUUUGCCCGGCAUCCGGGGACACAGUUACCACCACCACCAUCACCACCACAUGAAUCCGGCAGCUGCAGCGGCGGCGGCAGCCGCAGCCGCUGCAGCCAACAUGUAUUCCACCGCAGGAGCUCCUACCAGCUACGACUACGGACCGAGAUAACAUCACCGUCCAGAGGUUCCCUGAGCUCUGACUGGCUUUCUGCAUGGUUUGAAUUGCUCAGUAGCGUAUGUUUUUGGAGAGCACUAUCUUGCUGGAAGGACUGGCACCAUAACCUCUGCGUUUCCGCAAGGGUGGUGGUGGUGCUUUGAUCUCUUGCACAAGUUCUAUCCCUCCUCUGCACCUCCCUUCUUUGCACCCUCAGAUUCAUCAAUCAAGACUGGUUUCCUUCCUGAUCCCAGGGGAUGAAAUGAUAGGCCGACUUAACUCCGCAGAGUACAAUCAGAUGGACUGAGCUCAGCACCCGGAGUGAUGGAUGGAGGUCGGGACUUCCUCUGCAGCAUUUCACACCACCUCCCACCAUGUUCGGGAGCACCGGUCUCCCCCCCCUCCCCGAGACGCAGAGAUCUCCAGCUGCACUUUUCCUUUUCUCUAUAAAUGAAGCCAUAUGUUGCUUUAUUCCCUUGCUGCUGUCCUCUUGAUAUAACCUUUACUCUUUUUUUUUUUUGCAGUUCUUUACCUGCCCAAAGCGCUUGAGAAAGGCUGCUUCCAACACUGCCGUGUUAUAGGUAGGACAGCUAGUCCUUCAGACAGCCCUACAAAAACUGAGGCAAACUGAUGUUUGCCUAAAAGCCAGUCUUAACAUGAUGGGUGCAAACAAAUCGAUCUGUUUAACACUGGCAGAGCAUGCUGAUGAUAUGCAACUGAUGUGUGCAUUUGUGCACCUGGAAGGGUGAACGUCAGUUAUGCACAGCAAGUGACCUGUGGGAUCUCCAUGGCAAACGAAUGCCUUCCCUGGUGCAUUUAUUUGUGGGGUUUUGUUAGCGACAUCGGCACCGGCUCGCUGUAAGCCAGGUAAAAGAUGCAGUUCGUAUCUCAGCCAUUCAACGAAUGCCCUGUGGCACUGAAUCUGUCGUUCCCAACAGGGCAGAGAGCUUGGGCAGCCCAGCAAUGCUACCGUAGCUACUCACUGUCCCAAUCAUGUAAUUAUCUACACUGAAUGCAAACAAAUAAUGUUCAAGGAGAGCAGGUCCAUCUCCGGGAUUUUGUAGGCCCUGGGCAAGAGAGCAUAACCGGGCCUCCUUUCCCACUUUUGAGUCCCUGUUGGGAAGAAAGACAGGGUACAAGUGAAGUCAAUAAGCAUCUCAAAAGAACCCCGAGAGAUGGGUCAGAAUCAGAAACAGCCAUCAGGAACUCAUUAGCAUAAUAGGCCAUGCCCAACAGCAGAAACACAUUAGCAUAUU